AUGUUCAGCCAGAACAUGUCCAACUGCCAAGAGCUCUUCCGUGUCUGGAAGGAUGUGGGGCAAUUUCGGCAGCUGGUCAGGGAGCAGCUGAAAAAGCGUGGCAACGAGCGGCCGACAGUGAAGAUCAACUGUGAGCACGAGCAGCUCCAGGCGCGUAUCGAGGAGCUCCAGAAGUUCCGGAGGCAUCACAUGAAGCUUCAAGAAAUCAUCGAGCGGGUGCUCGUGGACGGCAAGGAGACCGGUGCAAAGGCAGAAGUUGCAGCCGCCUACCAGCUUGUCGAGCAGGUGGAUGUCCUGGAUGUGAGCCGCAGGGGUCAGCAGGAAUGGGAGAGCACUCAGCGUCGCUACGACGAGCGUAUCGACCAUGCAGAAAGUGAGAUCACUGCAAGGCUUCGCGACAAGCUUGGGGCUGCCAAGACUGCGACGGAAAUGUUCCGCGUCUUCAGCCGGUUCAAUGCGCUCUUUGUUCGUCCCCGGAUUCGAAGGGCCAUUCAGGAGUACCAGUCUUCUUUGAUCCAACAGGUGAAGGAGGACGUGCAUCGCCUGCAGGAGAAGUUCAAGGAGACUUAUGAGGGCACCCAGGCUUGCAAGCUCACGGCGAUCCGUGGAUUGCCCCCAACGGCCGGGCUCAUCGUUUGGGCCAGGCAGCUCGAGCGUCGCCUGGCCAUCUACAUGAGCCGUGUCGAGGAUGUACUUGGCAAAGGAUGGGAAAACCAUGUGGAUGGGAAGAACCUGAAGCAGGAGGGCGACGCUUUCGCCAGAAAGAUGAAGACGAGCCACAUAUUUGAUGAAUGGCUGGCUGAUACAAAGGACUCCAAGAAAUUUGAUGUGAGCAUGCGAAUCUUCGACAUCCAGCAGGGCUAUCAGACCUACCUGCUAUUGGUCAACUUCGAUGAGCAGAUCAUCACGCUCUUCAAGGAGGUGCGGAAUUUGCAGGCUCUGGGCGAUUACCGUGUCCCCUAUGCGAUCAAGGUGAAUUCUGACGAAGCCAAGCAGAACUAUCCCUUUGCUAUGACAUUGCAAGAGGCCGCACGGACGUACAUGCAGACGUGCGCGCAGAUCAAAGCCGACCAUCAACCAUUGAUGGCCUCGUUUCAGAAGGGCGUGCAGGACUUGAUAGCCGACGGACUACAUCUGAAGUGGGAUGACCAGAAGAUCGAGAGCUACACCCAAAAGCUUUCUGAGACUGUCUUCCAGUUUCAACAGAAGUUCACUGAGCUUGAGUCGAUGGCCGAGCAGAUGUCCCGCACUAUUGAGAGCUUGGACGACGUGAAUGUGAGGCAAGAAACCAGUGCUCAAGAGAUGCUCUUGGCCAAGUUCGAGAAAAUGCAGAAGACUGUUGAUGACAUGAACUUGGCGAGCUUCUCCAACAUGGACGCUUGGGUGCAAGGCCUGAACAAGCAGAUCGAACAGAGGCUGGUUAAGCUCCUGGCGGCGACUAGCGCUCAGUGGCUGCAGGAAUUCAAGAGAUGGCCAUUGAACGGCAACAACUUGAUUCAGGAAGCCGCGGUCCAACUUGCAGUGCUGGAGCUUCACAUGCAGACAUCCCCCUCGGGAGUACGCUUGGUGCUGGAGCCUCAGAAGGAGUUUGCAAUGACGCACUGGGUGAAGCACUACCACGACUGUUUGGGGAUGGUGUGCAACCUGCCUCUGCUCCAAGCAGCCCGCUUUGAUGCUCUUAAGCGCGGGGCGAAGGAGUUUGCUGCAACGCACAAGGGUCUCAUCGCACUGUUGGAUCAGAAGACCCUUAUCGAGGUCUACGAUCAUGUCAGCAGCACUGUGGAGGACAUGCAGGAGUAUGUUUCGAGCUGGAUGCAGUACCAGUCGCUUUGGGAGAUCAACACCAGUGCAGUCCUCUCGCGGCUCGGCGAUGAUCUCAGCCGGUGGCACAGCAUGCUGACCGAGAUCCAGUACCUGAGCUCUCGCUUCGAAGGCUCCGAGCAGGAGAAGUACUUUGGCCCCAUUGUGGUGGACUACAGCAAGGUCCAGUCCAGGGUCAAGGCCAAGUACGACCAGUGGCACCGCGACCUUCUGAAUUCCUUCGGGGAGAAGGUCAGGGAGGCCAUGAGCGAGUUCUUCCGUCAGGUCAACCAGGGCAGGGAGCGGCUGGAAGCCGUCGAUGGCAGCGGCGACCUCACGGUGGUCUGCAUGGCAGUGCUGAAGGUGAAAACCAGCGCCGAGAAAUGGAGCCCAGAGUUUGAAGAGCUGCAGAAGGCACAGAAGCUGCUUGUGAAGCAGCGGUUCCAGUUUCCGGAGGAUUGGAUGCACAUCGAGCAAGUGCAGGGUGAGUGGGAGGCAUUCGAGCAAAUCCUGACCCGACGCAACCGGAUACUUGAUCAUGAGCUACCGAAGCUUCGAUCGGUGUUGGUCCAGAAAGACAAGCAGCUGGAGGAAAGCAUCACUCAGCUUUAUGCAGAAUGGUCCAGCCAGAAACCGGUCCAGGGUGGCUUAAAGCCGACCGCUGCCAUGCAAGCGAUUAAGGACUUCGAUGAGCGCCUCUUGAUGCUCCGGGAACAGCACAGCCAGCUCGUGCAACUGAAAAAGUCCUUGCAGAUGGAGGUGGGUGACGUGGAGGCGUUGGCGCCGUUGCAGGAGGAAAUGGGAAACUUGAAGGAUGUAUGGUCCGAGAUCAAUACGGUGCACAGCCGAGUGGAAACGUUGAAGGAGACUUUGUGGACUGCAGUGGAGCCCAAGCGCAUCAAGCAUGCACUGGAGGACCUGCUUUCGAACAUGAAGCAGAUGGACCGGCGGUUGCAGCAGUACGAGGCGUUCGACCACAUCCAGGAGCAACUUCAGGCUCAAAUAAAGCUGAACCAGGUUGUGGCAGAGCUGAAGACGGAUGCGCUCAAGGAGCGUCACUGGAAGCAAAUCGUCCAGAUGCUAAAGCUUUCAGUUGGCUUCAAUGAGCUGACGCUGGGCCAUCUCUGGGACUCGAACCUGGAGAAGCACCAGCCAGCCAUCAAAGAGAUGCUCGCCAGAGCACAGGGCGAAAUGGGUCUGGAACAGUUCCUGGCAGAGGUUCGAGAAAAAUGGAGCAAUUACGAUUUGGAACUCGUGCCCUACAAGAGCAAGUGCCGGCUGAUCCGUUCGUGGGAUGACCUGUUUAGCCAGCUGGAUGAGCACCUCCAGAGCAUUCAGUCGAUGAAGAUGUCUCCGUACUACAAGUCCUUCGAAGAUGAAGGCGCCACUUGGGAUGACAGGCUGAACAAGAUUCGCAUCGUCUUUGACUUGUGGAUGGAUGUGCAAAGACGGUGGGUCUACUUGGAGGGUAUCUUCGGCAGCAGCGCAGACAUCCAGCAGCUGCUCCCCAACGAGUUUGCCCGCUUCAAGACCAUUGACUCCGAGUUUGUUGGUCUGAUGAAGAAGGUGGCGGCCAAGCCCAAGGUCCUGGAGGCCGUCGGAAUUGAGGGGGUCCAGAAGCAGUUGGACCGCUUGUCGGACAUGCUGACGGCUGUCCAGAAAGCCUUAGGCGACUACCUGGAGAAGCAGCGCUCGCAGUUUGCACGCUUCUACUUCGUCGGAGAUGAGGACCUUCUUGAAAUGAUCGGCAACUCGAAGGAUGUUGCAGCUGUAAGCCGCCAUCUUGCGAAGAUGUUUGCUGGGCUGUCGCAGCUCAGCACCGAUCCAAGCAGCCCCGAGCUCGUCAAGGCCAUGCAGUCGCGCGAAGGAGAGACCGUGGAGUUCAUCAAGCCUGUGAACAUCAACGAGGAUCCGUCGAUCAACGCUUGGCUUUCUAGGACGGAGGCCCACAUGCAGAGCUCCCUGGGCGAGCACCUGAACUCCUCGAUGAAUGAGCUGGGAACUCUCUUCACCGCAGACGGAAAGAUCAGCGAGGAUGCCACCAUGGCCUGGGUCUCCAAGUACCCCUGCCAGGUGCUUCUCAUGGCGAUUUUGGCCGAUUGGUGUCAAAAAGUUGAAGUGGCGCUGAGUGCCAGUGCUGGCAGUGCUGACGUGGAGAAAGUCUUGGGGCGGGCCGUCGAGCAGUUGUCCUUCAUGGCAGGGAAGGUCAUCACGAACAUCAGCAACGACGUUCGCCAGAAGCUUGCGCAGAUGAUAACCGAGGUGGUUCACCAGCGAGAUGUCUCACGACAGUUGAUUCAGGACAAGGUGGCAUCCCCAAAGGACUUCCAGUGGUUGCAGCUGAUGCGAAUGUAUUGGAACCCAAGUGAGCCGCAGAUUCUGCAACGCCUUUCGAUCUGCAUGGCAGAUGCCAGCUUUUUCUACGGCUUUGAGUACCUGGGAAUUGCCGACAAGCUGGUGCAGACCCCACUGACAGACCGCUGCUUCCUGACACUGACCCAAGCACUGCACAUGCGCCUGGGUGCCAACCCGUUUGGGCCGGCGGGCACCGGUAAGACGGAGUCGGUAAAGGCGCUGGGGAACACCAUGGGAAGGUUCGUUUUGGUCUUUUGCUGUGACGAGGGCUUCGACUUCCAGGCCAUGGGCCGAAUUUUCGUGGGCUUGUGCCAAGUGGGCGCCUGGGGCUGCUUCGACGAGUUCAACCGACUCGAAGAAAGGAUUCUUUCGGCGGUCUCUGAGCAGGUUCUAACCAUACAGACAGGGAACAAGCAGAACAAAAAGGAGAUCGAGAUCCUCGGCAAGCAGGUGCGGUUGAACUCCAACGUGGGCAUCUUCGUAACGAUGAAUCCCGGCUACGCCGGGCGUUCCAACCUGCCGGACAACCUGAAGCAGCUCUUCCGGGCCAUGGCCAUGACCACGCCCAACAAGACUCUCAUCGCACAGGUGAACCUCUACAACCAAGGCUUCAUCAGCGCCGAGAAGCUGGCCAGCAAGGUGGUCUUCCUUUUCGACCUCUGCAAGGAUCAGCUCUCAUCGCAGCCACACUACGACUUUGGACUGCGCUCCCUGAAGGCCGUGUUGGCAUGUGCGGGCUCCAUGAAGCGCGAGGAGGUCACGAACAUAGGUGCCGAGAAGUUCGGCGAGCUCUCAGAAGACGAGGUGUCACAGAGUGAGCAGAAGAUUCUACUGCGAGCAAUUUUUGAUACGCUUGUUCCAAAGCUGGUGGCGCAAGACAAGCCGCUGAUGCAAAGCUUGAUCUCCGGUGUUUUCCCUGGCGCGGACGUCGGCAUCGUGGACAAUCAGAUCCUUCAGGAUGAGAUUCGCAGGCUCUGCAAGCUGCGGCACUUUGAGUGCACAGACAACUUCAUGUUGAAGUGCAUGGAACUCUUCCAAAUCCAAAGGAUCACUCAUGGUGUAAUGCUGGUGGGCACUGUUGGCACAGGAAAAUCCACUGUUUGGCGAACGCUUCUGGAUGCUAUGGAGAAACUGGAUAACAUUAAAGGAGAUGCCUAUGUUGUGGAUCCCAAAGCAGUCAGCAAAGAGGAAUUGUAUGGCAAGCUGGAUCCAACGACACUGGAGUGGACCGAUGGAGUUUUUACCGACAUUCUUCGGCGGAUUCUUUCAGGACAUCGUGGCGAGAACCAGCGGCGACAAUGGAUAAUGUUUGAUGGUGACGUCGAUCCGGAGUGGGCCGAGAACCUGAACUCAGUGCUUGAUGACAACAAACUGUUGACACUGCCGAAUGGGGAGCGCCUAGCUAUUCCACCGAAUGUUCGGAUCAUGUUCGAGGUGGAUACCCUGAAGUAUGCCACACUGGCCACAGUCAGUCGCUGUGGUAUGGUUUGGUUUGCCAACGACGUGGUCACACGAGAGAUGCUCUGCAGCCACGAGCUGAAAUCGAUCAAGCAUGGCAACCUCGAGUCCGAGAGCCAGAAGAAGGAGGAGGCUCACGAAGGACUUCCCAAGGAGCAGAGGACGAAGGUGAAAUGCAUCGAAGCCUUGGAGCCCCUCUUCGAGAAAGGCUCUCUCGUGCUCUCCGCCCUGCAGCUUGCCUUUGAGCUGGAUCACAUCAUGACCUUCACUGCCAUCAGAGCCUUGACUGGCUUGUUUUCGAUGGUCCGCAAGGGCAUCAACAUGAUUCUGGAGUACGAUGAAGUUCAUGAAGAGUUCCCGUUGGCAGAUGAUAUACUGCAAUCCUUCAUGCGCAAAUACCUGGUCUUUGCUAUCUGCUGGUCGUUUGGAGGCGACAUGUUUCUGAACACACGCAUGAAGUUCUGCGAGAUGUUGGCGGGGCACCUGGACGACAUUCCGGCUCCGGACGGCCUUGGCGGCGACACGACACUGCUCGACUUCGAGGUCCGCGUCGAGGAUGGGCAAUGGUACCACUGGGACAAGAGGGUGCCGACCUUGGACAUUGAUCCCGAGAAAGUGGCCGACAGCAGCUUGAUCAUCUCGACGGUCGACACCGUGCGACAUACCUCCACUCUCGCAGCUUGGCUGGAGGAGCGGAAGCCCUUCAUUUUGAGCGGCCCCCCUGGCAGCGGCAAGACAAUGACGUUAAUGUCGACCAUGAAGGCCAUGGCAGGCAGUCUGGAGCUGGCGUCCUUGAACUUCUCGGCGGGUACGACCCCCGAGCUUUUGCUGAAGACCUUCGACCUUUAUUGUGAGACCGUGAAGACCCCUAACGGCCUUGUCAUGCGCCCUCUGCAAUUGAAUCGCUGGGUCGUGGUCUUCUGUGAUGAGUGCAACCUGCCAGAACAGGACAAGUAUGGUACGCAGAAGGUGAUCAUGUUCAUCCGCCAGAUCACCGAAGCUGGGGGCUUCUAUCGGCCGAGUGACAAGCAGUGGGUCAACGUGGAGCGCGUUCAGUUUCUUGGAGCUUGCAACCCUCCGACGGAUCCGGGUCGCCAUCCCAUGUCUGACCGCUUCCUAAGACACGCUCCUGUGAUCUGGGUGGACUACCCCGGGCCGGACUCCCUGCGCCAGAUCUACGGCACCUUUAAUCGUGCCAUGCUGAAGCUGCAACCGCAGCUCGACAAGAGUUGCUCCGAAGGCAUGACGAACACGAUGGUGCAAUUCUGGCGGGAAAGCGCGCAGAAGUUCACGUCCGAUCAGCAGCCCCACUAUCUCUACUCUCCACGUGAGCUCACUCGUUGGAAGACAGCUCUUUAUGAAUGCAUGCGAUACUGGGAUGGCAUGACUCAGACAAAUCUCAUCCGUCUCUUGGUGCACGAGGGUCUGCGGAUCUUUGUGGACCGUCUGGUGCAUGAGGAGGAGCGACAGUGGAGCGAGGAGCUGCUGGACGAGGCCGGCAGUGAUGCGUUUGGUUGUAGCGCCGACGUGCUCCAGCGUCCAAUUCUAUUCAGCUGUUACCUGGAUGAACAGCACCGUUAUCGCGAUGAGACAAGAGAAAACCUGCGAGAGUUCGUGAAGGGCAAGCUCAGCAUCUUCUAUGAGGAGGAGCUGGACGUGCGCCUGGUUAUCUUCGAUUCUGUGCUGGACCACAUCGUUCGCAUGGACCGGGUCCUGAGGCAGCCCCUUGGGCACCUCCUGCUCGUGGGAGCAUCGGGUGCUGGCAAGACGGUUCUCUCCAAGUUUGUCUCCUGGCUGAAUGGGCUGAGUGUAUACACCUUGAAGAUCGGGCGGAACUACGACGUCCUCGCCUUCGAGGCUGACGUGCGUGUGGUCAUGAAGCGUGCUGGCGUGAAGGGCGAGAAGAUCACCUUCAUCUUUGACGAGUCCAACGCUUUGGGUCCGGCGUUCAUUGAGAGAAUGAACGCGCUCCUGGCAUCGGGGGAAGUGCCGGGACUUUUCGAAGGCGACGAGUACACGGCGCUCAUCCACGAAUGCCGCGGCGCUAACAUCCAGGGCGUCGAUGAUGCAGAAAUAUUCGCACGUUUCACGAAGCAAGUCCAGCGCAAUCUGCACAUCGUCUUCACGAUGAACCCUGCGAAUCCAGACUUCUACAAUCGGUCGAAUUCCAGCCCCGCGCUGUUCAAUCGCUGCGUCAUCGAUUGGUUUGGGGACUGGCCACAGGAGGCUCUUCUGCAGGUGGCCGCCGACUUCACCGCCAGCAUGCAGAUAGGUGAAGAUACCUUCACCGGUGGCUGUACUGGGGCUGGCGAGGAGAAGGAUGCUCUUCGACAUCAGAAGCUGUCGGAGACGAUUGUGGCAUUCCACCAACAGGUGGACCAGACCAAUGUGGACCUGAAGAAAAGCGCCCUGAGAUACAACUUCAUCACACCUCGCGAUUUCCUCGACUUCAUCAACCACUUCAUCGGAUUGAUGACAGAGAAGCGCGACGAAGUCUUGGACCAGCAAAGCCACAUCGACGGAGGCCUGAAGAAACUCAAGGAGACCGAGGACCAAGUGGCAAACCUGCAGAGCGGCUUGGCCGAGAAGGAGAAGAUGCUGACGGCCAAGAACAAGGAAGCGGAAGAGAUGAUGUCUCAGAUGGUGAAGGGCCAGGGCGAGGCCGAGGAGCGGAAGCAGGCUUCUCAGAAGCUCCAGGUGGACUUGGCGGAGCAGAGCAAGGUCAUCGACGAGAGAAGGGGGGAGAUCCAGAAGAAGAUCGAGGAGGUGGAGCCCGCCCUGGAGGCCGCCAAGAGCGCCGUGGGCGCUGUCAACAAGCAGGCCCUCGACGAGCUCCGGUCCAUGAACAAACCCCCGGAGCACGUGAAGAUGGCGAUGGAGGCGGUGAUCCUCAUGGUCCGGCCGGACAUCCCGCCGGCCACCAUCAACUGGGAGGCAGUGCGCAAGGUCAUGCGUGAUGCAAACUUCAUUCCCAGUAUUCUGGAGUACGACGCGGAGCAGCUGAAGGAUGCCACUAGGGAGACACUCAAGAAGAAGUACAUCCAAAACAAGGGAUGGGAUGUGUCGCGGAUCAAGCAAGCGUCCCGCUGUGCCGGUCCAGUGGCUCAGUGGGUAGAAAGCCAACUGCAGUUUGCGGAUCUCCUGAACAUGAUGGAGCCCAUGAGGAAUGAGCUCCAGCAGAUGCAGCAGCAGGCGGACAAGAAUAAAGUAGAGCUGCAGGCGUGCGAGAAGGAGGUUGCAGAGAUGGAGAAGAAAAUCCAGCAGUAUAAGGAGCAGUAUGCGCAGCUGAUCACCUCCGUGGAGCAGAUCAAGCACCAAAUGCAGCAAGUUCAGAAGAACUGCUCAAGAUCAACCCAGCUUCUUACAGACCUCUCAUCAGAGAAGAUAAGAUGGCAAGGCUCUUCCAAGGGAUUUCAGGAGCAGACGGCCAGCAUGAUCGGGGAUGUUCUGAUUUGCGGUGCCUUUUGCACCUACAUUGGCUUCUUUGAUCUCUUCAUGCGUCAGCGAGUUAUCCAACUCUGGCGGGAGAAAUUGGACGAAGCCGAAAUCAAGCAGAAGGAGGAUAUUUCUAUCAUCGAAUACCUGUCCAAACCUUCCGAGCGCCUGCAGUGGAAGCAAAAUGUGGCUUGGCACACCUGGCAGAAGCAUGUCCUCAUGGUGCAGUCGCUGAAGCUUAUUGGAUCGGCACCAUAG